UAUGACAAAUAUCUCUUUUGUGUGUCCCGUUGGAAAGUACAAACCUGAGAAGGGUAAUUCAAUAUGCAUCUCUUGCCCGGCUUAUUCCGAAUCGACUGCUCCUGGUUCCAGGAUUUGUCAAUGUAAAAUCGGAUACUACAGAAAUAAGAAUGAUGAUGAUAAUAUGUCUUGCACACGCCCUCCAUCUGAACCCCGGAACUUACAGACUGAGAGUGUCGAUCAACGUCAAGCAGUGCUCACUUGGCUACCACCAGAAGAUAAUGGACGCAGUGACUUAUAUUAUAAGGUGGUGUGUCACGAUUGUGGACCCAACGUGUCCUAUGAACCAAGUUCUGAAGUGACGGAUACUCGCGUAACUCUUAACAAUUUGGAUACCAGCAGCGACUAUCGAGUAAUUGUUUAUGCACUCAACGGCGUCUCCGAACAAGCGGGGCAAGAAUCUAUGAAAUCAACCUUGAUUACCGUCCGGACGAGUGAUGCCCGUUAG